AUGGCUGCUCCUGCGACCCAAUCCCUAAAGUGCGUCGUGACUGGCGACGGUGCUGUAGGCAAAACAUGUCUGCUCAUCUCGUACACGACAAACGCCUUCCCGGGAGACUUCGACAACUACUCCGCAAAUGUCAUGGUAGACGGAAAGCCAAUAAGCUUGGGACUGUGGGAUACUGCCGGACAAGAGGACUACGACCGACUGCGGCCGCUCUCAUACCCCCAGACGGACGUGUUCCUCAUCUGCUUCUCCAUUGUCAGCCCCCCGUCGUUUGACAACGUCAAAGCAAAGUGGUACCCCGAGAUAGAUCACCACGCGCCCGGCGUGCCCAUCAUCCUCGUCGGCACAAAACUCGAUCUGAGGGACGACGAGGCGACCAAGGAGUCGUUGAGGCAGAAGAAGAUGGCGCCCAUCCAAUACGAGCAGGCCGUCAUGGUCGCAAAGGAGAUCAAGGCACAAAAGUACCUAGAGUGCUCUGCGCUCACACAGCGCAACCUGAAGAGUGUCUUUGAUGAAGCGAUUCGCGCUGUCCUGAGCCCCCGUCCUCAGCAGUCGGCGACGAAGAACAAGAAGAAGUGCACUAUCCUAUAA